AUGGUCGUCAACAAUCCCAACGCCUCUCAGCAGGAGCUGUCCGGCAAGGUCGCCCUCGUCACGGGCGGCAGUCGAGGCAUCGGAUCGGGCAUUGUGCUCGAGCUGGCAAAGAAAGGAGCCUCCGUGGCCAUCAAUUAUGCUAGCAACCCCACCGCCGCGGACAAGAUGGUCAAUGACGUCCAGGCCCUGGGCGUCCACGCCGCUGCCUUCCAGGCCAACUUGACUCAGGUGGACGCGAUUGAGAACCUCUUCCGCGAGGUCGUGACACAUUUCGGCCAGCUGGACAUUGUAGUGUCUAACUCGGGCACGGAAAAGUUCGUCUCGCUCGCUGACACCACGCUGGACGACUUCAACGCCGUCUUCGAUCUCAACACGCGGGCCCAGUUCUUCGUGGCCAAGUACGCGUAUGACUACAUCCAGCCUGGAGGUCGCGUCGUCCUGAUGUCGUCCAUUGCCGCCGGCGUGGGAGUGCCCGGCCACUCGCUCUACGCGGGCAGUAAGAGUGCUAUCGAGGGCUUCACGCGCUGCUUCGCGGCGGAUUUCGGCAAGAAGCGAUGCACGGUGAAUGCGAUCGCCCCAGCCGGGAUCAAGAGCGACAUGUGGCUGAGCAACUCGUGGCGUUAUGCACCUGGCUGCAACCAGGAGUCGUCGAUCGAGGAGAUCGAGGCGGCAUUGGCCAACGGAAGCCCCCUGAAACGGUGCGGCGUGCCUGCCGACAUUGGACGCAUCGUGGCAUUCCUGUCCAGCCCGGCGGGAGAAUGGAUCAACGGUCAAAUCCUGCCGUGUAACGGAGGCGCCAACAUUUAA